AUGCCCAUGGAGUCUGAAUGGGCGCCAAAUAGGCGCUUUCGAGGUGUGGUCGACGAACCCAUUGCACGCCGUUGGGCAUGCAGUUUACUCGAGGCUAAAGCCAUUGAAAGUGGGCAAUAAGCAGGUCAUUAGCAGUGACCAUGUCUAGUCACAGUCCUGCGCUCAAGUAUCCUGUCGUGCUCAUUCACGGUUUCUGCGAUCGCCCGAAAUAUACUGGUGUAUGGAAGGCAGCAAAACGUACACUUCGGAGAAGAGGCAUAGAUGUUCUAGUUCCCACCCUGUCAGCUACCGCAAGCAUCAGCCAGCGUACUGAAGAGCUCGUUCGAAAGAUCAAGGCUAAAUACCCACAAGGUACACGAUUGCAUCUUAUUGGUCACUCAAUGGGUGGCUUGAAUGCUCGUGAUAUUGCGUCAACGACAAAAGAGCAUGGUUUAAGAAUUUUAUCUGUAACUACCAUAGGCACUCCUCAUAGGGGAUAUCGACCUCUCGACAAAAUCAUUUCUGGCCGAACUGGAAGGGUUUUCAAAAAAUUGACACCAUUCUUUCGAAAGACGAUAGGCAGAAUGGGGAAGUCUGACUUGGGGGCUAUGGUAAACCUAACGCACGAAUACGUUGUCAACGCAUUCAAUCCUUCUACACCCGAUAAUCCAAAUGUGAAAUAUUUCAGUUGGGCUGGCCAAGUGACUCUCCCAUCCGCGCUACAACGUCAUGGGCCUGGUGAUAUGCUUGUAACGGUCGAAAGUGCAACUUGGGGUACGCACUUGGGAACAUUAGAAGGAAUCGACCACUGGACCCUAACUCGGCCAGAAGUCAUUAUGUACACCGUGGCGUACCUGAUAGAAGUGGAGAAUGGGAGAGAAAUCACCGUGCAAGCCAUCAGUAACGAUCGCCUUACUGUGAUGCGCCGGCGGAUAGAGAGUGGUGCGAGGAUGAGUAGGAUGGUGUUGGGUGUUCCAUUUCGUAUUCUAGAGCGGAUGGUGACACGGUGAUAUGACUCGGAGAGUAAUCUAUGCACAACCAGGUUAGACUAUCAGCAGUUUCUCAGCUAACUUAUAUUCUACCGCACAUAUAUCAACGUCUAAAUGUUAUUCAUAGACUGAUGCAGGCCAUGCC